AUGUUUAGUAAAUUAGUUUUCAUUGUCCUUGUGACUGCUGUCAACGCCAGUUUGUACGGCCAUGGUCACGGUCACGCUGUCUCGUCACAGAGGAUCGCUCUUUAUGACAAGGGAUAUACCGCUCCUCCUGCACAUGGGCAUUAUGCCCAUGUUCCAUAUUAUGUCACCCACGAUUAUUAUGCUUAUCCCAAAUAUGAUUUUUCAUAUUCCGUGGCUGAUCAUCACACCGGUGAUCAUAAGUCACAGCACGAGAUCCGCGACGGCGAUGCCGUGCAUGGCUCCUACUCUCUUCACCAGCCCGAUGGCUCCGUGCGUGCUGUUGACUACACCGCCAACGACCACACUGGAUUCCACGCCAAAGUGCACUACUCAGCUCCAUCCGUGCAUCCCUCACACUAUAGAGGACAUCAUCAUAACUGA